AUCAAAUGUGGGGUGUUCAGACCAAACGGAUGUAGUCGACAAGAGAAGCUUUCGUCCAACGCAUAGGCAUCACCCGGCCACCGUCUAUGAUUACACGAUAUUCAAAUGAUUUCUCCGUACUAAAGCUCUCCUCUGUCUGCCGGUUCCGUGAAAGCCCGUAAUCCUGGAUAACACCGCUGGGCUUGGUCCUGAGCUCGUCUAUGAUGAUGAUGUGGAACACGACCAGGAUGCAACAGAUCCUUAAGAACUGGUAUUCCCCGUUUCCUAGUGAGUAAUCUCGAGUACAAAUUGUACACCCACAGAAACACUUUGAUUUCACAAUGAUGCAUUUAUCCUCAAAGCUGGUCGUGGCUACAUCACUAUAUCUGCGGAAGAAGAGUUUGAAGUCCUGCACCUUGCAUUCGAAAUGGACAACGUCUUCGAGCAAUGUGACCACCAAAGGCCAUACCAUGGCGGUUUAUCACCAGCAAUAUUGUCUUUCUCUUCGAUAAUAUCAACGGUCGGUUGCUCGUCCCACCUAGGUUCAACGUCUCAACGUUCUGCUGUGCGCAUCCCCUUCGUCAGCCACCGCAUUCGUCCCGGCAACAUGGAUAGAGAGCAACAUUGCAUGCGAAUACGGCAGAUCCGACUAGCAAUGGCCUGGCUCCCACCUCACGACAGUGAGGAAGAGUUGGCCGAGGAAUCCAAUACCGUAGGCGACCGGCCCAACGGUACUUGGAUUUACUACGCGAAUAGCGAGUGCAUCUAUCCCUAUGGAUGGAAUUGA